UUGGAUGGCGGAGUCAUCCGAGAACGUUCUACUGAAAGAGAUCGACGACAUUUGCAAGCUAGCGAAGCUGCAGAACGGUACCUUAAAGCAAGUGGCGAAUGAUCUACUAGGUUCAUCUGCGGAGCCCUCUUGUCCAAAAGUGGGAAAGUUACUGCCUCUAGUUGCUUUGAUCCUGUCUAUAUCCGUCGCACUUGUUUUGAGAAAAGACAUACUUGUUGCAGUAUUUGGAACUACUGAGAGAUGCAUCAUAUCGAACAACCCGCUGAUAAUGGAACUCGGUCGUCCCCUUGCUGAUUGUACAAUGUGUCAAAGUCUGGACGUUGUUUCUGUCUACCAGAACAUCAGUAGGGCAGAGUUUGCUGACAAGUUUGCGUACAGCAACAUACCCAUUCUCAUAAAGAACGGUACAUCUGGAUGGUCGACGAGUAUUUUUAGCUACAACUUUUUUCGACAAUUGUAUAUGGAUACCCCAGGAGCAUUGGAGAAGACUGAGCAAGAGUGUCAAUUUUUUGAGUACAAUACUAAUAUUGAAACACUGUCUGAAUUCUUUGAGAUGUCAGACGAUCGUGCAGCACUGAAGGAAGAUUCUUGGUACAUUGGAUGGAGCAAUUGUGAUCCUACAGUUGGCAGUAUAUUGAGGAACAAUUAUCGUCAACCUUGGUUUCUACCUCGUAAUGUUGCCGAAGAAGUCGAUGAGCUUGACUGGAUUUUUAUGGGAGGACCCGGACCUGGAGCUUUUAUACACUUGGAUCACGUCGAGAAGACGUCAUGGCAAGCACAACUAUCAGGAACAAAAACGUGGACGUUGAUCCCUCCACCGGAAUGCGAGGCAGUUUGCAAGACUCUAGAAGUCACCGUACACACUGGAGACAUCAUUGUAGUGAACACGAACAAGUGGUACCAUGCGACCUACAUUCAUCAAGGCAACAUGAGCAUUACAAUCGGUUCAGAGUUUGACUGACUUUACUUCUAGUUUUAAUGCUGUCAUAAAUCACGAACAUACUUCCUGUAUGAACUAGCUGCAAUUGGUGCUAAUUAGUCGAAAAAUCUCCUAGACUCAA